AUGGUGGCGCCUCUCAUACGGCAACUGAUAGAGGAAGAAGGAGCGGGCGAGGAAAGAGGAGGCGUGGGCUAUGCAGAGAUUGAAUUCGAUUCCCCUACUCUGGGAGACGUUGCAGGCCGUAGACAGGAAGCGCAGCUACAAACGAGGCUCACCAAUGUCGAGGAAAUGAAAGACAAAGACUUUCUGCGUCUGUGGAUUGAGGAUGAGGCCAUAAGAGGAGAAAGUGGAGGGAAGGGAGGCGGACUGUUUGGAGGACUCUUCGGGCUGCCGCUGAAGUAG